AUGCCUGAUAUCUCCGCCGCAACUGUCGCCGCUACCUUCACGAGCACGUGGGUUGCCCGCUUCGGAGUGCCCUCCACUAUCACUACUGACCGUGGGCGGCAGUUUGAGUCGUGUCUAUUCAGCGCCCUCACCACCUUACUGGGAUCUCAACGCAUUCGGACCACUUCCUACCAUCCGGCAUCAAACGGCAUGGUGGAACGAUUCCAUCGACAACUCAAAGCCGCCCUCAAGGCACACCCCAACCCCACCUCUUGGACGGAAGUUCUUCCUGUCGUCCUGCUCGGCCUCCGUUCAGUCUUCAAGCCGGACUUGGGGUGCACCGUAGCAGAGCUCGUUUACGGCACAACUCUGCGACUACCUGGAGAAUUCCUCGUGUCCCCCAAGGCUACUCCCCCGCCAGAUCCAGCAGACUACGUUUCCCGGCUCAAGGCCAUAUUCAACCAGCUUCGCCCAGCACCCCCUCGUCAACCAUGUUCCUCCAGGCUUUACGUGCACGACGACCUGGAGACGUGCACACACGUUUUCGUACGCGUCGACGCUGUCCGAAAGCCGCUACAGCCCCCUUAUACUGGUCCCUAUGAAGUCGUCAGCCGCACUUCCAAGUUCUUCUCCCUCAUCAUCAACGGCAAGCAAGAGCAAGUCUCCAUCGACCGAUUAAAGCCUGCAUACAUUGAGGCUCCUGCUGCUGACCUCACGGCUGCUCUGGUCUCCACCCCUCACUCCGUUUACCAGCCCGCCGUUCCCCGUUCAGCAAAAUCCGUCCACUGGGCCCCUGUCCUGGUGACGCACCGCUCUUGCGUUUCACCAACGCGCUAA